GCUCGUUUGGCAAUUGGUUUGUUGGCGUAGAAGUGACCAUGGAAGGGUUCGCCACUCUCACCGCCGUCCUCCGGAAGGCCGCUGCCGACUUCCCCUCCCGCCGGGCCGUCUUUGUACCCGGCCGGCUCGAGCUCUCGCACGACCGCCUCCACCAACUCGUCGACGCCACCGCCGCCCGGUUCGCCGCAUCCGGCGUCCGUGCCGGCGAUGUCGUAGCGCUCGCUUUUCCUAACACCGUUGAGCUCGUGAUCGUCUUCCUCGCCGUCAUUCGGGCCCGCGGCGUGGCCAUCCCGCUCAAUUCCGCUUAUACGCAAGAGGAGUUCGUGUUUUACCUGUCCGACUCGGAGGCGAAGCUGCUGGUGACGAGCGCGGAGGGCAACGCGGCCGCGGAAGCGGCAGCGGAGCAACUCGGGAUCCCCCGCGCCGCCGCGUCGCUCUCAGACGCGUCGGGAGCGCUGGAGCUCACCCUCCCUGGCGGGGAGGAGGAUGGUGCCGCCCUGCUCGCCGGCCGCAUCAAUGAUCCUUCGGACGUCGCGCUAUUUCUCCAUACCUCCGGGACGACGAGUCGCCCCAAGGGAGUGCCUCUUACGCAGCUCAACCUGGCGGCGUCGGUCAAGAACAUCAAAUCCGUGUAUCGGCUCACCGAGGCGGAUUCCACGGUGAUCGUACUUCCCCUGUUCCACGUCCACGGUCUGAUGGCGGCGCUUCUCUCCUCCCUCUCCGCCGCCGCCUCCGUGACCCUCCCAGCGGCUGGUCGCUUCUCGGCCUCCACAUUUUGGGCCGACAUGGUCGCCUCCGGCGCCACUUGGUACACCGCGGUUCCCACCAUCCACCAGAUCCUGCUCGAUCGCCACUCCGCCCGGCCCGAGCCAACUUACCCUAAGCUCCGCUUCAUCCGGAGCUGCAGCGCGUCGCUGGCGCCGGCGAUCCUCGAGCAUUUGGAGGCCGCUUUCGGCGCUCCCGUCCUGGAGGCGUACGCGAUGACCGAGGCUUCGCACCAGAUGGCAUCGAAUCCGCUCCCGGAGGACGGGCCGCGGACGCCCGGCGCCGUGGGCCCCCCUGCAGGUCUGGAGAUGGCGAUCCUCGACGAGGAAGGCUCCCGCCGGCCGGCGGGCGAGCCCGGCGAAGUCUGCAUCCGUGGGCUCAACGUGACCAAGGGCUAUAAAAACAACCCCGAGGCCAACAAGGCGGCCUUCGCCUUCGGGUGGUUCCACACUGGAGACGUCGGCUUCCUCGACACCGAUGGCUACCUCCACCUCGUCGGCCGCAUCAAGGAGCUCAUCAACCGCGGAGGCGAGAAGAUCUCCCCGAUCGAGGUAGACGCGGUGCUGCUGGAGCACCCGAACAUCGCGCAGGCGGUGGCGUUCGGCGUGCCAGACGACAAGUACGGCGAAGAGAUAAAUUGCGCAGUGAUCCCGAGGGACGGGGCGGAGGUCGAUGAGUCAGAGGUGGUGAGGCAUUGCCGAAAGAACCUGGCGGCGUUCAAGGUGCCGAAGAGGGUGUUCAUCACGGACUCGCUGCCGAAGACGGCGACGGGGAAGAUCCAACGGCGGGUAGUGGCGGAGUUCUUCGUGCAGCCCGCGAAGGCGGCCAGGGCCGGCGCUUAAGACAAAAAUAAAACAAAAAUGCCAUGAUCUAUUUUCAUUUAGCAUCAACAAAAUCUCUAAGCUUUUCUCCCGAAUUUUUCUUUCCAUAAUCCCUCUUGUAUCGGUUGAUGAUCAUGAUCUCGAACUACAGGCACGAAACGCUGUUUACUUGGCAGGAUAAA